AUGUUAAACAGUAAUAAAAGGAUCAAAACUACCCCCUCUAGACGCGAGCUGUCAGAUUUUGAGCGUGGAGACAUUGUUUGGCUAUCAAAAGCCGAUCAUACUCCAACUGACAUCGCAAACCGUAUGAACAUUCCUAGAACUACAGUUUUCGAUACAAUAAAGCGCUGGGAGACUACUGGAACAGCCAAGACAAAGACCAGACCUGGGAAACCAAAGAAAAUUAAUGUAACAGACGUUACAAGUCUUUGUUUGAAUCUGAGACGCAAUCCUUUUGAGAGUUAUGGAUACCACCAGGCAAAUUUGGGAACUGCUGGCGUUAAUGUUUGUAGACAGACAGUUAUCCGAUACCUAAGAGCAAAAGGCUUCGGUUCUUACACCCCUGUAUCUAAACCGAAGUUAACCCGCCAGCAGAAAAAGACUCAACGAGGGGAGAGAUACCAGGAAAGUCAUACACUAACAAAAGAAAAGUACGGAAAAGGUUCCGUGAUGGUAUGGGGCUGUUUCUCGGCUGGUGGCAUUGGGCCAUUAUCGUUUAUCGAAGAGUCAGUAUACCAUGCUGCAUACGUCAAUUGUCAGUCUAAGAAUUUCAAUCCCUGUUACAAACAAUUGAAUGAGAAGCACGAUACCAUGUUCACACCCCAAGAAGAUGGUGCUAGCUGUCAUACUGGGUCCUACACGAUGUGGUGGAAAAAACAUUGGGAGAUUAAACGAUUUGACUACUGGCCGUCGCAAAGUACAAAUUUGAACCCAAUUGAGCACGCCUGGCAUGCUCUAAAGGUCCGUAUUCUUCAGGAAUGGGGGUUACUCGACGCAGAAGUUCUGUAA